CGGCGUGGCAAUUAACGUGUUAAUAAAAAUAAAAUGUUAUGGUUACAUAAAAUAAUAAUUAAAUUAAUAAUGGAAAAUUUUUAUAUACUGUAUCAGAGAUUUGGCUAGAAAUAACACAUGCAUUCUAUAUAUCCCAGAAUUUUUUCAAAUUAGUCUAAACCUCCGUUUGUUUGUAAUCUAGGCAAAAUUAAAAACGUAAACUUUUCGAGAAAAAUAUUCAAUCGACCAAUGAGGACCAAUCCCAGUAAACAUUUCGCAGCAUUAAUGUCUUCAAGACAUCUAAAAGACAUCUUAAAAACAUCUCAGAAAAGAUGUCUUGAAAAAGACAUCUUCAAGACAUCUAAAAGAUGUCUUAAACAAAACAUCUUGGAGACUUCUUUAAAUAAUGUCUGAAAGAUAUCUUUAAGACAUCUCGUAAAAGACAUCUUUCAUACAUCUCUAAAAGAUGUCUUAAAGAUAUCUUUAAGAGAUCUCGUAAAAGACAUCUUCCACUUGCGCACGCGCACGGUAACGGCCAAUCAGACUUAGACACACUUUACCUCGUCGCAACAUUCCGCAGUAGCUUCCUCCCGCAUCGUAAUGCUCUCUGUCCCUAUAUUUCUAUGUCCAUGGCGAGAACUAUAACCUAACGUUGUUCCGUGGCCGUCAUUGACGUCGUUGUUGACUCUGGUUGAAUCACAGACUUCUAUAAUACACUAGACCGCUAGCUUGCGUGAUCUUAACAGAGAUAAUGGCCAAGAAAUCCAUGUACAAGUGGAGGUACUGUGGAAUGCGGAUUCCAUUGGUUGACUUUGACGAUAGUGGGGGUUCGUCCAAUCAUUGCUUAUAUACUUGCGCGACGAUGCAUGCGUAAAGACAGCACUUGACCGAGAACGGCGAAGUAUGUUGUUAAGGUUAAGAAAGUGAAUAUAAAAAUAAAUAAUGCCAAUGUGUUGUUGUGUUCUUGGCUGCCAAAAUAAGGCGGACAGGUAAAAAAAUAUCAGUCUUUUUAGAUUUCCACGGAAUAAAGACAUUUUAGACUCAUGGAUAUCAUUUGUGGGCAGAACAAAUUGGCAACCGACUAAUACCUCUCGAAUAUGCAGUUUACAUUUUAAUAAUGAUGACUAUUAUCGUUGGAACGACAGGUUAUUUCUAAAACCUGGAGUUCUUCCAAGAAAAUGUAUUGUGCGGAUGAGUGACAACAAAGAGAAUUUUGAUCCCUUCAAAGUAUUAAAUGAUAAAUUAACUGUGAAUAGCAGCAAACGUGCGUUCGAGGAAACAUUAGAAAGCGCAGAGAAUUUUAAACUUCAAGCAAUUUCGACAGAAUCUUUUAAUGAAAUUGAAAUAUUAAAGGAACGAUUGCAACAUGAUCGUGAAUUACAUCAGCAAGAACUAAAGAAACAAGCAGAAAUGUUCUCUGUGAUUUUGGAAAAUGAAAAGUCAAAACUCAAGUCCGAGAUAAAAUCUGGUCUUGAAUUGCAUCAGCAAGAACUAAAGAGACAAGCAGAAAUCUUCUCUACAAUUCUGGAAAAUGAAAAGUCAAAAUUUAGGUCUAAGAUUGAAUCUGGACAACAAAAAUUGCAUACUCUACAACGUAGUGUAAAACGAAAAGAGGAACAAAUAAAGUCUAUGAAACAUUUAUUCGAUGAAUUAAAAAAGAAAUAUGUAAGUGAUACCGAUGCACUUAAUAUGUUAAGUCGCGAGUUUGAAGGCAUGUCACUCAAUCUUUUUCAAAACGAAGUAAAAAAUAAUUUGCGAUCUGCAAGUGGUAGAAGGUAUUCGAAGGAAGUAAAGAAGUUUGCUGUAACCUUAUUCUAUAAUUCUCCUAAAGCUUAUGACUAUUGCCGCGGGAUUUUCAAUUUGCCACAUCCGUCGAGCAUCAGACAUUGGCAUUCAUCUGUAAACGCUGAACCUGGGUUCCACAAAGAGAUAAUUUCAUUUUUAAAGAAUUUGCCCGCAGAGGAUAAAGAUUGCAACAUGAUUUUUGAUAGUAUGUCGAUACGGCAGCAAUUACUCUGGAAUGAACAAGAAGGGAAACUUGUUGGGUCUGUGGACUAUGGAAAUGAUAUUCAUAUAGAAGAAAAAAAUUCAUUAGCAAAUGAAUCAUUAGUAUUCAUGCUGGUUGCCCUUAAUGGCAAAUGGAAAUGGCCCAUAGCUUAUUUUUUGAAGAAAUCUUUAUCUGCUGCGACACUUGCAGAAUUAAUAUUGACUGCCUUAUCUUUAACAAGUAAUAGCGAGUUAAAAGUACGAUUUAUCACAUGCGACGGCGCAUCCGUUAAUAUAAGCGCAUUAAAUAAGCUAGGAUGUUGUAUUUACGUAAAUAAUUAUGAAUCUAUUGUUAAUAGUUUUAAGCAUCCUACACAAGAUUAUAAUGUUUAUGUCAUAUUGGACGCAUGUCAUAUGUUGAAACUAGCUCGUAAUGCGUUAGCAGAUUUUAAAGAAUUUCAUACAAAUGAUGGUAAUAUUGAAUGGCGAUAUAUAAUACAAUUGCAUCAAUUGCAGAAUCAAUUAACUUUUCGAUUUAAAAACAAAUUAAAUUCGCAAUGCAUUAAUUGGUGGCAAAACAAAAUGAAAGUUAAAUAUGCCGCUCAGACAUUAAGUUCAUCUGUAGCAACAACAAUUGAAUUUUUAAAAGAAUAUUGUCCUGAAUUUCAGGACUCUGAAGCUACAAUAACAUUCAUUAAGGUUAUAGACAAAUUAUUUGACUUUAUGAAUUCAAGAAAUCCCUUUGGAAAAGGAUUUCAUACACCUAUAAAUCGAAAUAACAUAAACGCGUUAGAAACAAUCAUGAUUGAAAAAAUAAGUUUUUUAUUUUCAUUAAAAAUUAAAACUGGUGAUAUGCUGUGCUUAAGUGGUAGAAGAACAUUUAUUUGCGGAAUGGCUACAACAGUUAAAUCUAUAUUCGCUGUGGCAAAAGAUAUAUUUUCAGAAAGAGAAUCCUUUAAAUAUAUCUUGACGUACAAAUUUUCACAAGACUAUUUAGAAAUAUUCUUCUCAAAAAUUAGAAGCAGACAUGGUUACAAUAACAACCCAAAUGUUUUACAGUUUAAAUAUGCCAUGAGACAAAUUCUUCUAAGAAAUGAAAUAAGAGGCUCACCAAAUAGCAACUGUUUACAUUUAGAUAGUGAUCCUAGUGGCACAAUGUAUCAAUUUAUUUGGAAAAAAAAGAAGCAACAAAAUGCAAUAUUUGAAAGUAUGGACGAUGAAAGUGACAAUGAAAUAGAGACAUUUAAUAAUGAUUCAUUAUCUAAUUGCAGCACAUUAAAAAAAUACAUUUUAUUUUAUAUCGCUGGAUACAUUAUAAAAAAAAAUUAUUGUCGCAGAUAGAUUGUUAUACUUGCGCCAUUAAUUUACAAAAGCAAAGAAGCGACCAUAAUUAUGCCCAUUCAAGUAUUUAUUCUAAGUUUUUAGAUUUUGCUAAUAAUGGAGGUUUGAUAAUUCCAGAUAAUAGUGUAUUUAAAAUCAUAAUUGAAACAGAGCGACAAAUCAACAUACAAACAAACAAUUUUAGCAAUCUUAGAGAUCCUAAUCUUAAUUUAAAAGUAUUAAGCAAAGUAAAAAAUUCUUUGACUUUAGACAAUAAUAUCUUUCCAAAUUUAAAUUGUGAAAAUAUUAAUAUAUUAGAAACUUCACAUAAAAUAAAACUAAUAGUUGUGAUAGCAACACGGUAUAUAAAAAUACGAUUACACUCCUAUUCUAAAUUUUAUUGCAACGAAAUCCUGAAACUGAUUCGCAAACGGCAUCGUUUAACGAAGCAAAUUUUAUUUUCAAGUGAGUGAUAUUUAAUAAUAUUGUUACAAAUAAACAUCACUCACUUGAAAAAAAAUUACUUCUUUUUUA